AUGUUAGACGUGUUGGAAACUGCUGUUGCCGGUGUUAUUCUGACUAUUCCGUCCUUGACACUUGGUAUCGUUGGCGAGGAAACCUCCAGCCCCCGGUUCACCCAACAGAAGUCCAUGAAUCUCGAAGACCAUUUCGAGUUGAUCGAAAAGGCAAACACAGAUCCCGCUGCCCGUGAUUCUAUCCUACUUGGCAUUCUCGAGGACCUACAUGAUCGGCGCUGGCCUGACAUAGAACGUCGACCGCCUUGGAAGCUGACCGUCCUUUCCUGGGACACCGAGCCGGAAGGCGGCCUGGUAGUGCUCGAUGUGGUGUUCGCGGUACACCAUGCUAUUGCCGACGGGCGGAGCACAGCCCUCUUUCACGCAGCAUUCCUCCGCGAGCUCAACCGAUCCUCGGGCCGACCGGCACAGCUUUGUGGUCGCACCUUGAACCUGACAGGCGUCCCCACUGGGAAACGUGAGCCCCCACAAGAAGAUCUAGUUGGAUUUAAUAAAUCCUGGGGAUUCCUAGUUCGGGUUUUGUGGCGUGAGCUCGGGCCCGCCUGGCUCCAAGGACAUCAACCCGCAGCGCCGUGGACCGGGAAGGUCAUCACCCGCGAGCCAUGCAAGACACGGUUACGGCUCGUCAAAGUCCCCCGAAUCGCCGUGCCGCGUAUUCUAGCUGCUUGCAGGGCGAACCACACGACACUCACGCCAUUGAUCCAUGCCCUCGUUUUGGCCGCCCUCUCUCGACACGUUCCCCCGGAGCACGCCGUGGCGUUCCGGAGUUCGACCCCCAUCGACCUACGGUCAUUUAUUGCCAGCAGCUCGCAGCCUCAGUCGAACCGGGACUUGUUUGGCGUUUUCGUUACCGCCCAAUCCCAUACCUUCGAGGAGUCUACCAUCACAGCGCUGCGGGAGGGUUCCUCGGCCGAAGAAAUAUGGAGAGUGGCCGCAGGUCUGCGGCGCAGCAUGAAACAGCACCUAGACAAUGUGCCAAAUGACGAUAUCAUGAGUAUGCUUGGUUGGGUGUCCAACUGGAAGGAAUUCUGGCUGUCCAAGGUAGGGAAGCCACGUGGAGACACAUGGGAAGUAUCCAAUAUCGGGUCAAUGCCUAUCGUCGAGGCGGCGAGCGAAGAAGCGGAUGGAGGUUGGAACAUCCAGCGGUCCCUCAUGUCUCAAGGGGCCACAGUUGCCGGAACUGCCAUUAGUAGACACCUGGCCGCCAUGAUAUGUGAUACUCAGUACUGUGUACUUGACCACCCUUAUUCGAAGCUGUGGGACAGGAGCUUUCAACCUUUGGAUGCCUUGGCGGGCGUUCCAGAUUCGCUUAGCCUCGAGCCCCACUACCCCGAAGAUUAUCCGCCGAGCUGCAACAAUGGAGGUUCUAGCACCGUCUCGUUAGUGCAGGUUCGCGCAAAGUCCAACAGGCUGCGGCCAAAAGAUCAAGGCGUCGUCGUGCGCUUGCUCGAGGAUAUCCCGAAGUUUGGUCGUCGAGACUCUGUGUUCCGCAUCGAGCGAGGACGCAUGCGCAACGAAUGGUUCCCCUCCAUGAAAGCAGAGUACAUGACGGCGUCGCGAUUUCGCGAACUUGGCCUGACACACGAAGAUAUUGGAGAUCGCGAUACAACGUUUGGCACGAUGGCGGCUGCUGAUGACGCCGAAGAUGCCUCUGAGUUCGAGGUUCCCAAGGCGGUGCUCACAACCUCGGUAUGUAUCCCCAGAACUCCUUCUCGCCCCUCGCUACCCAGCGUUUACUUUGGCGAUGCUAAUGACAAACAAUGCACACAGCCCGAAAAGGCUCACACUCUCCUAACGACCAUGAUCCCUGAAGCCCUCAUAUUCCACCGAAAACCGAUCCCUGUGCCGGCCCCUCCACCCCCCACCCAACCCAUCUCUCCUCUUGUCGCUUCCGCAAAUACAAACACUGCGCAGGAUCAUAACAACGGCCCUCUCGCUAUUUACGGCUCCGUGUCUGCCAACGAUAUUGUAGCCCACAUCAAGGGGCUGCUAUUGAACGAUGCUGAGGGUAGCCAUGUCAUACUGGGGCCGGAAAAUAUCCAUUUUCAGGGCUUGGCUGAGGAGGCCGAUAGAAUCAAAGCAUUGGGUCGUUGGGAGAUCAAAAUCUCAGUCGGCGGCACCGGGUUGGAGCCCGUCCGGAAGGUUGUCGAGAUCCUCCCUCUAGACGAAGCUACGAGUGAGGGCGAAGCACAGCCUGCCCUAUGA